GGGUGGCAAAUUAGUGAAGAACAGAAGGGAAAAAACUGGGUUGGAUAUGGCCAAGAAAGUUGUGGUUGCUGUUAAAGCAUCCAAAGAAAUUCCCAAGACUGCUCUGGUGUGGGCAUUAUCUCAUGUUGUUCAACCCGGAGACUGCAUUACGUUGCUUGUUGUUCCUUCACAUUGUUCAGCUAGAAAAUGGCCUUUUCCAAGAUUUUCUGGUGACUGCGCCAGCAGUAGCGGCAAGUCCGAAACAGGAUCAAGUUCGGAACAAAAUUCUGGAAUUGGUGAUUCCUUCUCCCAAAUGAUCCUCCGGCUCCACGAUGUUUAUGAUCCCAACAAGAUUAAUGUCAAGAUAAAAAUUGUUUCUGGAUCAUCAUGUGGAGCUGUAGCUGCAGAAGCUAAGCAAGCUCAAGCUAGUUGGGUUGUAUUGGACAAGCAGCUCAAACACGAGGAAAAGCGCUGCAGGGAGGAGUUGCAAUGCAACAUAGUGAUCAUGAAGCGUUCUCAGGCGAAAGUGCUGCGCUUAAAUUUGGUUGGGGCAUCUGAGCAGGAAGCUGAAGCUUGUCAAUUAAGUCCUGAGACAGAUGAAUCAUCUGAAAAGCAUCCAGAAAACAAAAAUGAAUCAGGGCCAGUUGUCACUUCAACCAGCAGUCCGGAGCUUGGGACGUCGUUCACUUGUACUGAAGCAGGAACUUCUUCAGUGUCUAGCUCUGAUGCAGGCAUUUCACCUUUUUGCACCUCAGAAAGGAAUGCAGACUCAAAGAAAGAGGAAUCACUAGUCAUCAAGGAAAACCAGGAUUUUAAUGAAUCUAUUUCAGACACAGAGUGUGAAAAUUUAUCCUUAUCUUCAAUGAGUUUGAGGUAUCAACCUUGGAUAGCCGAAUAUCUUACUUCUCAUCAUCAGUCCUCGCUAUACCUCGAGCAACCUUCUGGUCGAGCUAAUGUCAAGGCUCAAGCUUCAACAACAAAAGCCUUACUGGAGAAACUUUCAAAACUUGAUAGAGAAGCUGGAAUUGGGUUGUCAAACUUUAAGAGUGAUAUUGAAUUUAGUGGAAAUGUGAGAGAAGCAGUUGCAUUAUCCAGAAAUUCCCCUCCCGGCCCUCCUCCAUUGUGUUCCAUAUGUCAGCAUAAGGCACCUGGAUUUGGAAAACCACCAAGGUGGUUUACCCAUGCUGAAUUGGAGCUUGCAACUGGUGGGUUUUCCCAAGCUAAUUUCUUGGCUGAGGGAGGGUUUGGAUCCGUUUAUAGAGGAGUACUACCAGACGGACAGGCAGUUGCCGUCAAGCAACACAAAUUGGCUAGUACUCAAGGGGAUCAUGAAUUUUGCUCGGAAGUUGAAGUCCUCAGCUGUGCUCAGCACAGAAAUGUUGUUAUGCUGAUUGGAUUCUGCAUUGAGGAUAGAAGACGGCUGUUAGUUUAUGAAUACAUAUGCAAUGGAUCUUUAGAUUCUCAUCUAUAUGGGCAUCAUCAGGAACCGUUGGAAUGGUAUGUGCGGCAAAAGAUUGCUGCGGGAGCUGCUAGAGGUCUGAGAUACCUUCAUGAAGAAUGCAGAGUUGGCUGCAUUGUGCACCGUGACAUGCGGCCCAACAAUAUUCUCAUUACCCAUGAUUUUGAACCAUUGGUUGGUGAUUUUGGCCUUGCAAGAUGGCAGCCUGAUGGUGAUGCUGGAGUGGAAACAAGAGUGAUUGGAACAUUUGGGUAUCUGGCACCAGAAUAUGCUGAAACUGGCCAAAUUACCGAAAAAGCUGAUGUUUAUUCCUUUGGAGUGGUGUUAGUUGAACUCGUUACGGGACGAAAAGUUGUAGACCUUAGUAGGCCAAAAGGCCAGCAAUGUCUAACUGAAUGGGCCCGUUCACUUCUAGAAGAAUAUGCUAUAGAUGAAUUGGUAGACCCAAGAUUGGAGGAUCGCUACUCUGAGCGUGAAGUCUAUCGCAUGCUUCAUGCCGCAUCGUUAUGCAUAAGGCGGGAUCCUCAUUCUAGGCCUCGAAUGACACAGGUGCUCCGUAUAUUGGAAGGCGACAUGCUUAUGGACACAAAUUACGGAUAUGACAUUGGCCACUGCAGUGGCCAGAUAGGAUCCUUGGCAAAUGAGGUGUUAGAAGAUUUCAGUGGGAAGCUCUCCCCUGACGGGCUAAGGUCUUGAACCAGGAGGACUUCAUGUGCAGCAGAUCAUUUGUAAAACCCUCAUUUUCCGGCCUUCCUUACACGCAUGGUACAC